CCACUCAUCUUCUUUUGAUAUUAGGAUUUUGUUUAUUUAGAAUUUUUCGAAUUAUCGAGCUUGAUAGUAGCCUCAUGUCAUUGUCUUUAGAAUUUUUUGUUAUUGUUUUUCUUUACUUUUAUCCUUUUUUCUAAUCUUUUCUUUUCAAUUUCCAGUAGCGUUGAAGAACGAAUUAUUGAAAAGGCUGAAAUGAAAUUGCGUUUAGACAAUAUUGUAAUCCAGCAGGGACGUUUAGUCGAAAGUCAAAAAGCUUUGGGGAAAGAAGACAUGUUAUCAAUGAUUAGACACGGAGCAAAUACAAUAUUUGCUGGAAAAGAUUCAACAAUAACAGAUGAAGAUAUUGAUGUAAUUUUGUCUAAAGCGGAAGAAAAAACAAAAGAAUUAAAUGAAAGAUUGGAAAAAUUGGGAGAAUCUUCUUUAAGAAAUUUUACUUUGGAUACUGAAGGAGGUGGACAACAAGGAAAAAGUUUAUAUGAAUUUGAAGGGGAAGAUUAUAAAGCUAAACAAACUAGACCUGUGGGCGAUUAUUGGAUUGAACCACCCAAAAGAGAUAGAAAACCAAAUAGUUAUAAAGUGGAUUUGUAUUACAAAGAGCAAUUGAAAGGACCUCAAAAAGGCGAAACAAAAGCAAAAGCACCAAUUCCUAAAAAUUUUCCAAAUAUUUUUGAUUUUCAAUUUUAUCCGAGACGUUUAUUUGACAUUCUUGAGAAAGAAUUAAAUUACUUUAGAAAAAGCAUUGGUUGGAAACCUUUACCACCAGAAGAUUUAACAGGAAAAGAAGCAGAAAAAGCCCAAAAAGAAGAACAAUUAAAAAUAGAUAAUGCUGUUGAAUUAACAGAAAAAGAGGAAACAGAAAAAGAAAAAUUAUUAAAUCAAAAUGAAUUUGCUGAUUGGUCUAAAAGGGAAUUUAGACAAUUUAUUAAUGCUAGUGAAAAAUAUGGAAGGCAUGAAUUGGAAAGUAUUGCUAGAGAAGUUGAAACGAAAACUUAUGAAGAGGUUGUAAAAUAUUCAAAAGUUUUUUGGAAGCGAAUUAAUGAAUUGGCUGAUGGAGAAAAAUAUCGCAAUCAAAUAGAAAAGGGUGAACAACGAAUACAGAAGCGUCAAGCUAUUAAACAAGCUUUGGAAGCUAAAAUAAUUAAAUACAAGGCACCACAACAUCAAUUAAGAAUAAAUUAUGGUGGUUCAAAAUGUAAAAACUACACAGAAGAGGAGGAUAGAUUCCUUCUCUUUCAUUUGUAUGAACUCGGAUUUGAUAACGAAAAUGUUUAUGAUGAAUUGAGGCAAAAAAUACGUUGUGCUCCCCAAUUUCGAUUUGAUUGGUUUAUUCGUUCGAGGACAACAAUGGAAAUCCAACGUCGCUGCAAUAUUUUAAUUUCCUUAAUUGAAAAAGAAAUGGGAGAUAUGGGAAUAAAUGAAUUUACACAACCAGCAGCAUCCCCUGCUGUUAGUAAAAAGGGAGGGAAAAAACAAGAAGAAAAAACGCCUGCAACUAAAAGAAAAGAACAUCCAACACCUGGACCUUCAAAAAGCAAGAAAGCAAAAUGA